CGUGUGCAAGACGAACAUUCCUUUUUUUUUGGCCACUUUUUGAUACUCCUCCAGGAGGAAGAAAGUGAAACUCCGGAAGAGACCGGGAAGCUCCCUGAGAGCCUUAGUGAGGAGUUCUUCUCACUCCCCAGGUUUGAAGGAAGUGCACUGUAUCCCUGUGUGGCCUUGUCAAAUCACAGCUGCAUUCCCAACUUUACCAUGCGCUACAGCGACGGAGCUUUUGCUGAUAUGGUGGCGGUGCGAGACAUUCAGGCAGGGGACGAGCUGAACUUGGCCUAUGUCUCGCCUUCGCUGCCGCUGCCCGAGCGCGUCGCCAGCCUAUGGAAGACCUGGGGCUUCGUUUGCACCUGCCGCAGGUGUCAAGACGAGAUCAUGCUCCGAGCGGUGAAGUCCGAACAACCCGAAGGAGAUGUGGCCGGUCUCCAGCUGUCCCCCGCCGGCCUGGCUGCGGCCAUGGCACUUCUUCGACCAAGCACGGCGGCCACGGAAGCCGAGGACGCAUCAGAUGGAGAUGCGAGUAGCUCGGGCUCGUCAGAUGUCAGUAGCGAUGACCUUGGCAAUGCAGGCGUGGCGACGGCGGUCAACGCGCCCUUCAGCGGCCCCUUGGGUCACUCACAGAUUCCUGAGAGCGUCACCAAGAUCGAAGCGGCGAUGCAGGUCGCUCGGACCUGGCAGAGUGCGAGGGCAGGGAAUGCUGCGGAACUCAGAGCUGCAUUGAGGUCAUUGAGGUCCACAGACCUAAAGAAGUCGCCACUGCCCACGCGGGUCCUGCUGCAGUCGCAGUCUGAGUUGACGAAAGCUGAGAACAGCACUGGCACCCCCUUCAUGGUUCUAGAUGUCUGGGACGAAACGCAUCCAACGCAUUCCACUUUUGUGGAGCAUUUCUUUGGGGCCAUCGGCCUGCUACUCACAGUGUCUCUUGCAAUCUAUUUGAAAUUCAUAGUGGAAGAUUAUGAAGAGAAAACUUCCGCCAACAGCCCUCCCUGGUUUUGCGAUGAGCGCAUCAUUGUCCAGGUCGGCGGUGGCUUUGUGCUGGCUUGGGUAGUCAUUGGGGUCAUGGUCUUCACGCAGGUCUUGAGCUUUUCAGUCUUGGGCAAGGAGAGAAAUCUUACCGCCUUGGAAGCCCUCUACGUCUGUGCCGAGAUUCUAACCACGGUGGGCUAUGGCGACGUCUCGCCGAGCAGCUAUGCAUCGCAGGCCUUUUGUGCGGUGUAUUCCAUCUUGGGCUGCAGCCUCAUUGCUGUGGUUUUCUCCCUACUCUUCAACCACUACCUUGGCACUCAGCGUCACCUUGUGCCAUUGACCCACCCUGCAGUGGCUGCAGCAGCAGCACACAGCAGGCCCAGAUACAAGGGUGCGAUGCAGACUUUGCGACCUGUGAUCUUGGCGCUGGCCAUUGGCACUGUCUUUUUCACUUACUAUCCAGGUGAAGAGAAGUCCCCUUGGGAAGCUUUUUACAUGUCGGUGCAGACCCUGACUACGGUGGGUUUUGGAGAUGUCUAUCCGGCCACCCAAGGGGGCCGAGCUUUUGCGACUGUGUGGAUGCUGUUGGGUGUGACGGCAGCAGCAAAUCUCAUCGUCACGGUCACUGAUGCAAUCUUGAAGUACCGCAAAGAUCUGAAGGCUGAACACAUGACCAAGGAGCUCUUGCUUCACAUGUCCACUGAUGGCUCGGGCAAAGUGGGCAAGACAGACUUCCUGUGUUAUGAGUUGAUCCGGCGAGGUCUCUGUGAAACAGACGAGCUCGCUGAGAUUGUGGGUUUCUUCAACAAACUCGAUAGCAAGAAACUGGGCUAUUUGGAUUUCAAAGACUUCUCUGCAUUGGUGACUCUACAAGCAGCGCAUGUAGCUUCCCGGUGA